AUGGCUGCAUUCCUCCCGGAAAGGGAGCGCGACCUCCUCCGGCGCAUCGAUGCCUGCGUCGACCGCAUGCGCGCGUUCACGCCGGACGAACCCUACGUCCUGAGUAUCCCUCAGGACGAGCCCAAAUAUCACCACUAUUCCCAUCACUCGUCCCAGAUGUGGCGUACCAAUACUCCCUUCCGCACCGACGACGACCCGAAUCAACAAUACCAGACCUUCUACUAUCACGAGCCACUGUCAGAUGUCUUUCAGUUACAUCGCAACUCUCACUACCAAAAGGACAAUGCCAACGUCACUUCGCAACCACGCGAGAAAGAGAGCAGUUCCCAAAGCACUCCUAGCAUGAUGCCCAAGAAGAAGAUUAGUCUGGCUGCUUAUGCCAACAAGAAGACGCUGCCCGAUUCCAAGGACGACGACAAGCCCAACAAGCCCCACCACAACAAGAUGCCUUCUGAUCCAACACCUUCACAACCGCCCAAGUCGCGCGACUCUACCAAUCUACCGCGCAUGCUGUCCCCGCUACAGCUUCAUCACCGCGACCGCUCACAACAAUCACAGCAACAACCGAGACCUUCACCAAAACAGAAGCAGCCAAAACAAUCUCUCCUACCACCACGCCUAAUAUCACCCACUCUCCCACCAAGCAUAAUUGCUUCCUUGGAUGCAAAGCCAUACCAGUCCUCGCGACACAAGCAUGCCUCAAAACGGCUACCCUCUCCACUGCCGCCCGUCGCCGAAAAGUCGCGCAACCAACCCCCAAACAUUCCUGAACCCAAAACACGCGACUCACCGCAAGAAGAAGAGAAUAAGACUUCCACGCCUCCGUCACUUAUUGUCAAACUCAGGAUUCCCAAGAGUAUGCGCAAGAAUCUCUGUCGUUAUCUGCAGAUGAAACCACAACCACAAACACAAGUCAUUCGCGUAAUACCUCCGGAGAAACACCCAGCCCCGGCUGAACCCACACCACAACCAUCUAAAAGGCCACGUCCGGCAGAUGAAGACAAUUUGCUUCCAGACUCGAAACGCAAGAAGGCUACCAAGCCCGAACCAUCCAGCGCACAACAAGAGCCCAGUACACCUUUACCUGCGACACCCGCCGCGCAGAAGGCCACACCCACUGCGCGCAGUACUACUAAAGAUCUGCGUACAUCGGCUGCUAUGAGGCGCGUCGAAUCGUCCGAUAGCAUGAUAAAUGGCACGCCACAGUCUUCGCGUCAAGUCAAUGGUGUCACUAAACCAUCUCCCUCCUCAACUAACGCGAAGACGGCUGAAUCAAUCGCGUGGGAUACCGAAACAGCACGAGUAGGAAAGCUGGGUCGUGACUUGAAGCAUGCCGUCUCGGCAUUGGACGAUCCAAAGUCUAAAAUCAGUCAGAAUGAACCAAGACCUCGCGAAACAGCAGCUGCCAUGGCUCUGGAAUCCCUCUUAUUGUUCAUGCUUUCCUUCUACUGCUCGGACCGUGCACUUGCUUCUCGCAACCCGCCUGCUCCUCUGGAANNGGGAAGUCGUACCUGGCAAACCAUACCAGCCUUUCUCAACUUUGUUCGCACACGUUGUCAGUCCUUCACGCCUCUUGAUGGUGUAGCCUGUCAUCUCGGUGGUGUUUGCAAUGCCAUCGUCAUGUUGCGGCUGACAACCAUCCGCGAACGACCACAAGAUAUGACGCCUGAAGAAGCGCGCACGUUGCACAAUGCUGCGUCAGCGUCUUUGAAAGCUUCGAAAGAAGGUAACGCGAAACUACCUCUAUCGGCCAUCAUGUCCACAUUCCCAAAGACGUGGAAGAAGGCUAUGAACGGCAAUGCUCAUGCGACAGGAGCAGAGGACGAUGUCAGGGUUGGCCGUUAUGCUGGCGAUAUCACUCUGCCACUUGGUAUAGACACCGAGCCUCUCAAUGCAGUUCGAAUUGGAUAUGCACUGCUGAGAGAAUGGUGUUCUAGCAAAGGAUUGAAAUAUGAGAUGAAGCUCGGGCUCUAG